AUGACAAGACACGGGAUGCAGGUGAUGCACCAUCUCCGCCCUGCUCCCCCAUUUCACGCUUGGACUCUCCCAGCUCCCGGCAGCCGCCUGUUAGUGUGGAGCGUCUCACUUUGUGCGCGGGGGGGCAGUAUACCGCAGGGCGUACCAAGUGAGAGGGGGAGGAGAGGAUGCUCUUCGUGCUCGGUCGCCGAGGAGACAGAUUGGGAGCAGCCCCGGCCAGUCCGAGCUUCCCCCUGUCCAAACCGGCCCCCGCCGCCUGAUCCCCGGCCCCCACACCCCUACCGGCUCCAUCCCAGGGCUCCCCGAGACCGAGAGCUCCAUCCCAGGGCUCCCCCAAACCGAGAGCUCCAUCCCAGGGCUCCCCCAAACCGAGAGUUCCAUCCCAGGGCUCCCCCAAACCGAGAGCUCCAUCCCAGGGCUCCCCCAAACCGAGAGCUCCAUCCCAGGGCUCCCCCAAACCGAGAGCUCCAUCCCAGGGCUCCCCCAAACCGAGAGUUCCAUCCCAGGGCUCCACCAACCGAGAGCUCCAUCCCAGGGCUCCCCCAAACCGAGAGCUCCAUCCCAGGGCUCCCCCACAUCUGAGAGCUCCAUCCCAGGGCUCCCCCAAAUCUGAGAGCUCCAUCACUGAGCUCUCCAAAUCUGAGAGCUCCAUACCAGGGCUCCCCCAAACCGAGAGCUCCAUCCCAGGGCUCCCCCAAACCCGAGAGCUCCAUCCCAGGGCUCCCCCAAACCGAGAGCUCCACCCCAGGGCUCCCCCAAACCGAGAGCUCCAUCCCAGGGCUCCCCCAAACCGAGAGUCCCAUCCCAGGCUCCCCAAAACCGAGAGCUCCAUCCCAGGCUCCCCCAAACCGAGAGCUCCAUCCCAGGGCUCCCCCAAAUCUGAGAGCUCCAUCACUGAGCUCCCCCAAACCGAGAGCUCCAUCCCAGGGCUCCCCCAAAUCUGAGAGCUCCAUCACUGAGCUCCCCAAAUCUGAGAGCUCCAUCACUGAGCUCUCCAAAUCUGAGAGCUCCAUCACUGAGCUCCCAAAAUCUGAGAGCUCCAUCACUGAGCUCCCCAAAUCUGAGAGCUCCAUCCCAGGGCUCCCCCAUACAGAGAGCUCCAUCCCAGGGCUCCCCCAAACCAAGAGCUCCAUCCCAGGGCUCCCCAAAUCUGAGAGCUCCAUCCCAGGGCUCCCCCAAACCGAGAGCUCCAUCCCAGGUCUCCCCCAAACCGAGAGCUCCAUCCCAGGGCUCCCCAAAACUGAGAGCUCCAUAUCAGGGCUCCCCAAAUCCGAGAGCUCCAUCCCCGGGCUCCUCUAA